GGGCCUUGCUGCUGCUCUUCAGGAAUAAUCCAGGCUGGAGAAGAUGGGGCCUCACUGUGUGAUAUCCUGUCCCCAGGACAUGGUGACCUUCCCUGAUGUGGCCCUGAGUUUCUCCCCGGAGGAGUGGCUAUGCCUGAAUGCCUUUCAGAGAAAACUCUACAGAGACGUGAUGCUGGAGACCUAUGAGCACCUGCAGGCAGUAGGUCAUUGUGGGGUGAAGCCUGUGCUGAUCUCUUGGUUGGACGGAGGAGACCUGGAAGUGCUGCCGAGAGACAUGUCUGCAGGUUCACUCAGUGAUAGUACUUGGAGUUACUCCUGGCCCCGUGCUUCAGUAAUCACUCUUGGUGGGCUGGAGAGGCAUUCUGGAAUGCCAGGAAUUGAACUUGGGUCAGCCACUUGCAAGGCAAACACCCUCCUUGCUUUGCUUUCUUUUUGGACCACUCAGAUAGACUUUUUGUCUGUAAUUUUAAACCAUUCAUGAGUAUACCAGCACAAAGCUAAUGUGGAUUUUGCCAAGCUCCUCACCAUGAUCCUCUCACCCUUUUACUU